AAGAACCAGCCCAGGUAAACAUGACGAGUACAGAGGGAAAGCUGCAGGUGGUGAGACAGCUGCAUGAUAUCGCUAAGCAACCACAGGGACAUGAUGUCAUCACUCAGGACCCCAGCCUGCUGUCCGGCCUGGUGCUGUUCCUGGAUAUCCAGCAGCAUGAAGAACCGGUCAUCUGCGCAAGUCUGGAGGUUCUGGAGCUGCUGGCCCACAAACCCUCCUGCCGUCCCAUCAUGCAUCAGCAGCUGGGCAUGAAAGAGUCUCUGCAACACAUCUGCAGCAGGGACACGGCAGCCCAGGCCUCGGCACAGUCCGUUUUCCAGCUCCUGUACAAAGCGGAGCAGAAGUCUAAAACCCCAGGCUCGGGUCUGAAGGACACCUACAACUCCACACGCACCUCCAACAACAGCAACAUCCGCAAGAAAGUCUGCUUCCUCGGCGCCGCUAACAAAAAAUCAAAGACCAUCACGCUGCAGAUUAAAGGUCUCACUGAUCAGCAUCGACGUGAACUCUGUGUGGGCCAGCUGCUCAAGGUCAAAGGGGUCAUCAGUUUCACCUUCAACAUGCCGCUCCAGAGAUGCGUCCUGCGGGCGCGGCCCGACCUCAAGGCAGAGAGCCUGGUGGCUACAGUGAACAAGACGGGCGUGAUGAACGCUCAGCAGGUGGUCAGGAACGACCAGGGAGAGGAGGUCCUGCUGUCGUUCGGAGCUCACCCCGCCGACGCUAACAAAGAGAACACGACGCUGCCGGACUACCUUCCCGAAGAGGACAGUCCCGUGAAGUCCGACGGGUUCACGCUGGCCAGGUCGGGUCACGACCCCCAGGGUGGAGGUCGCGGAUGGCUCAGUUCUGCGGCCGGCGCUGCUGUUAGUUACCUGUCCAAGUCUUUCUACUGGUGAUGACAAACAUGUCUUUUUGUUGAACUGGGCUGGGGCUGCUCCAACCGAAUUAUGUGUUUAUUAGACAGAAUCUUUUAGUUAUCUAAGGAACAUGUUUUGAUAAACUGGGCUUGGGCCACCCUAACCAAAUUAUGUGUUUAUUAGAAAGAAUCUUUUAGUCUUUUAUACUAGUGAGGAACUAGGCAGGGCCACUCUGACUCAAUUAUGUGUUGAAGAAGGUUAGAUAUCCAGGUAAUAAGAUAGGCCAAAAAGUAGUUACUCAAGCAACAGGAUAUGAUUUUGGAAAUGGUCAGACAGAACCUAAAUUGUCUCCAGCUUGACUUUGUCUUACCUUGUUUCCUAUUGGACAUCAAAAAUUGUUAUGGGUAGGGAAACAGGUAAUUUUGUUGCUGUGGAUGAAGUAAUCUUAGCAGCUGCAGGGAAAAGUUCACACAAAUAUCUCACGCUAACCCGUGUUCAUGAAACGUUGAGCAGUGGUCCUGACUGUGAUGACAGUUAGCAGUGAUGAAGUGUGAUGUAAAUGUGUACAUA